AAUCAGAGGUUGGCUGGCGGUAAGUGUCGAUAUUCAGUUGUUUGUAUAAGAGUUUACGUGACCUUAAUGAACAUUUAAUAAUCUGGCGAAAACGUGUAAGAAUUCCAAUAGGCCUAGCUCAAGAAAAAAAUAAAAGGUAAAGAAGUUUAUAAGAUGGAAAUAUGUAUUUAAAGUAAUAAUGAAAGAAAAGAAAAGAAAAAAACAAAGGCUAAAACGUAGAACAGAGACGAUAAAAGAUAAACGUAACUGUACGAGAGAGAGAGAGAGAGAGAGAGAGAGAGAGAGGAAAAAAAAACAAUAUAUAUAUAUAUUGUAUUAUGGACAUAAUUCAUCUAUCUCUUUUCUCUUUCAAUAUAUAUAUAUAUAUUAAAAGUUUGUAAUAUAAAUAUUUAACGUUAUAUAUUUAUUUAAACGCUAAGGAUUUUCUUAAAAUAUUUUAGUCAACUCUUUUUUUUUAUUAUCAAAAUGCCUGUUUAGAUAUGGCGCAUUUAGUUCUUAAGUCAACAUUCGUCAUUGUUUGUUUAAGCGUUUAAACUAAUUCGUGAACGAUCUCUUGCCAGUUAUGCCGCAGAGUGUAGUGCCGUUUCCAUUCGGCAACUGUCGUGUGUGUAGCGAUAAAGCUACAGGAGUUCAUUACGGAGUUGCCACCUGCGAAGGAUGUAAAGGAUUUUUUAAGAGGAGCAUCACCAAGAAUGAAAGUUAUAAAUGUUAUUUUGGGGAGAAAUGCGUACUAAACCCACAGAAUAGGAACAGGUGUAAAGCUUGUAGAUUUCGGAGAUGCCUCCAGGCGGGUAUGUCCUUAGAAGCGGUAAAGAUGGGUCGUAUACCGAAAGUGGAUAAGGAAAAAGCUCUGGAGGCUGUACAAACAACGAGAAUGUUAGCGGAUUCGACAAGUGCAAAUCAACAUAAUCGAAAUUUUAUUAUGAAUGUUUCAACAGGAGCAAUAGCCUCUCCAGUUGCUGUUCCUCAGCCUCUGCUUACAUAUGCCAAUGGAGGCUCACAAUUCCUAUAUCAACCCCCUCCGAAUGCCCCUCCGAGUGCUCCUCCAAGUGCCCCUCCUCCAAUUCCCACUACUCCCAUGUAUAAACCCAUGCAACCUCCUCCAUCUCUCUCCGCCCCUCCCGUUUUAACGGACCAAACUAAUUGUACGAAACUGAUUAGCCUUGUUAUGCAAGACUCAUCCCUCGACGACAAUAGGAGAUACGAAAUGAUUAAACAACUAAUGAAAGCCCAAUCGACGGCGAGUAUUACAACUGCGAAAGGCCUAUAUCCAGGAAAUCCCACAGGACAAACGUUACCAGCGAUUCAUAGCGUUUUCCCCAGCAAACUACCGACUUACAGUCAAAAUCCAACGAUUAGUUCUACAACGGCAGCGGCGGCGCCUCGGCAAGCCUAUGAGAAUUCUGAGCAAAUUAGAGGUUCGUUAGAAAAGCAUGAUCUUGAAUUCAACGAUGAUGAUAUGCUCAAGCUAAUAAAUCCUGAAGAUAACGAGCCCUUUGACUUUGAUUCUUACCUAAGUCCAUCAUAUCUAAUGCCAUCUACUGGAGAUGAUCAAUUCAACACUUUCGACAACUUUUUUAGACUGCCGAAAGAUAUUGUAAUGACUCAAAGCGAACAAGCUCAACUCGACUUGACAAAUAUUGUAAAAUUUGAACGAACUAAAGCCUAUAGGUCUAAGGAGGAGGUUGACGAAUUAUAUAUGAGAAUAACGGACAUAUGCCAGAGAAUUGACAAUCGCUUUACCAAAUAUAUGAAAGACUGUAAAGAGAAAAUGUAUAAAGAAUUGUCCGGUAAACUACCAAUUCAUCACUUGAACACAAUUAAAAAGGCCAAUAGACAACUAAUUGUUUACAUGUACGACGAAUUCAUGGAAUUUAUCAAUAGGUUAAACGAUGAUAUAUUUGGCCUAUGUAGAAAUAUACCAGGAUUCCAUGGUUUGUCAUACAAAGAUCAAAAGGCACUGAUGGAGGAGGGCUACUUUGAUGUAUGGCUAAUCAUGAAUGCUAUGCUAUUCGAAGAAAGAGGCGAUAUGUGGAUGAGACUACCAUGCGGAGCGACAUUCUCCAAGUGGUGGAUGUGCCAUUUCCUACCUGAACGCAUUGUUAACGAAAUGAUGAGACUAGCUUGUCAGAUAAAUAGCUGCCGCCUACAAAGAUCAGAAUUGGUUCUUCUUUGCGCCGUGCAGCUUAUGUUACCAGAACGCAAAGGAUUAGCCGAUGUAAGAAAUAUCAAGACUUUACAUCAGUUUUACAUAGAAGUACUGACCUACGAGAUUAACAAAAAUCACUCCGAUGGCGGUUACAUCUUAUAUAAUAUAUUCCAAGUUUUACCCGCCCUAUUUCCCUUGAAUCAAGAACAGAGUGAACUUAUCAUGAAUUUUAGAAUAGACCAACCUCCUGAAGGGUGUAUAAAGUAUUGUUCGGACGAAAGUGAGGAAGAUUCAUCGAAUCAUGGUGCAAUGCUGAUGUAUGACAAAUAG